AUGUCUUCCGGAUUUGUUUGUACUGCUUGUGCAAAAACAUAUUCUUGCCAUUCCUCCAGGCCAUGGAGAAAGACACAUGAAAACCACAGGCCCAAAAAAAUUAAUGCCUUUUGUCCUGCAGAAAUUAUUUUGCUAGACCAAAAUGGAAUCUACAGUGUAAAAUACACAAGUACACACAUAGGACACAAAAAUGAACUUUGUCACAUUACUAAACUUCCAGAAAAAGGAAAAUUGAUUUUGGCAGAUAAUAGUAAUAUUAUAAAAUAUCCUGAGAAGUUGCCAAGAACGAAGAAAAUACAGUGCAAAAAUAAUGGUACUAACAAGGAUGGAUGUGAAUCUCAAAUUGCUGAUGACACAAAUAAUAGUAUUAAUACAGAAGAUCCUCAGACGCUAGAACCAAUAAAGAAAAAACAAUAUAAAGACAUUUUAAGUCGUCACAAAAAUGUCGCUUUUAUUAAGGAUAACUGCGAUACCCAAGAUGAUGCAAAUUUUGUUGAUGAAAUAGAAGAGCUUGAGACACUUGAAGCUAGUAAUGAAAUUCAAGAAUUUUUAAGUCGUUACGAAAGUAUUGACGUUGUCGAGGAUAACAAUGAUAUACAAAUUGCAGGUGAUGCUUUCGAAUUGGUUGUAGAUGAUUCUGUACACUUGGAUGUAGAUGAUGAUACGAUACAAUUGGUUGAAGAAAACCUAAAUUAUGGUAUUAACUUGGAAAAGCGCGAGACACUCGAAAAACUGAAAGAAAAAUUGAAGAAAACGUUUCUCGAGGCUUUGGAUAAAGCGAUUACGUAUGAACAGUGCGAAUUGAUACGUAAAAUAAUUGCUCCAUUGCAUCCUACGUUGGAUAAAUGUAUUCUAAUGAGAGGAAUAGAAGAAGAAUUUGAUUUUACCCCGGUUAAAUGUAUUGCAAAGAAAAGUAAGGACCCAAAGCUGGCUAAAUCUAUUUCAAGGAAAGGAACAGAAGUAUUGGAUCCUAUGCUGGCUAAAUAUAUUCCAGAGAAAGGAAUAAAAAAAAGAUUAGAUCAUAUGUCGUCUAUAUUAAAGAAGAAAACACAAAAAGAGUUAGUAUCUAUGCCGUCUAAAUGUAAUCCAAAGAAAAGAACAAAUGAAGUAUUGGACCCUGCGCUGGCUAAAAGUAUUUCAGAUGAUGGAAUACAAAAAGAAUUAGAUCCUACGUCUGCUAAACGUAUUUCAGAGAAAGGAACAGAAGUAUUGGAUCCUAUGCUGGUUAAAUGUAUUGUAAAGGAAGGAAUAGAAAAAGAAUUAGAUCAUAUACUGGCUAAAUGUAUUUCAACGGAGGAAACACAAAAAUAUUUAGGACCUACAUCGGCUAAAUAUGAUGGAACACAAAAAGAAUUAGGUCCUAAGUCGUCUAAGUGUAUUCCAGAGCAAGGAACAGUAGAAGAAUUGGAUCCUACUUCAGGCCAAUCAAAAAAUCGCCUAAAUUGCGAAGAAAUGGAAUUAAAAACUCCUAAUUUAGACGUUUUAAAAAAUCCGCUAAAUUGUGAUCAAAAGCAAUCUGCCAUAAAGCUGAACCAUAAACCAUUAGCUUAUAAAUCUCCAUUGUAUCCUACGCUGAAUAAAUGUAUUCGAAAGGGAGGAACAGAUGAAGAAUUGGCUACAUGUAUUGCAGAUGAAAGAACACAAAAUGAAUUGGAUUCAACGCUGGCUAAAUGUAAUCCAGAGAAAGGAACAAAUCAAGUACUAGACCCUGCGCUGGCUGAAUGUAUUGCAGAGAAAGGAACAGAAGAAGAAUUGGAUCCUACGCAAGCUAAAUGUAUUCCAGAAGAGGGAAUAUAA